CGCCCGCGGCACCGCCUGCUCUUGCGGGGCCGGGGCUCGGCGCGGUCCCGCCCGCGGAGCGCCGAGCCGGCAGGGAGGGGAAGGGGAGCCGCAGGGCGAGCAGCGCUGCCGCGGCCGGGCCAGCCACCUCCGGGUCCAUGAGCCGCCGCCAGCCUCCGCCGCCAGCCGAGACCGCCGCCGCCGGGCCCAGCUCCCCCAGCCCCGCCGCUUCCGCCGCCGCUCCGCCGCCCCGCCGGAGGACGGUCCCGAGCCCUCCGCUGCGAAGAGCAUGGCCGUGACUCUAGAGCAGGCCCGGAGGGUGGGCUAUACCUGCCUGAAAGCACUCCUCAGGUUCGCUUUUAUGGUCGCCAAUAACCUGGUUGCUAUUCCGUCCUACGUCUUGUAUUUAAUUGUGCUGCAGCCUCUCCGAAUAUUGGACAGUAAAAGCUUCUGGUAUAUCGAAGGAGUGUUGUUUAAAUGGCUUUUAGCUAUGGUGGCUUCCUGGGGCUGGUGGGCAGGAUACACAGUAGUGGAAUGGGGUGAUGAUGUUAAAGCAGUGUCAGAAGAUGAAGCCAUGGUGCUGGUGAACCACCAAGCGACGGGUGACGUCUGCACUCUGAUGAUGUGCCUUCAGGAUAAAGGCACGGUUGUCCGUCAGAUGAUGUGGCUGAUGGAUCAUAUUUUUAAGUAUACAAACUUUGGCAUUGUGUCUCUGAUCCAUGGAGACUUCUUUAUAAGACAGGGGAGAACACACCGUGACCAGCAGCUUGUGUUACUCAAAGAACAUCUAGAAAAAUAUUACAGGAGCCGCAAUCGGAAAUGGAUUGUUUUAUUUCCAGAGGGUGGCUUUCUUAGGAAAAGAAGAGAAACAAGCCAGGCAUAUGCCAAGAAAAACAAUUUGCCAUUUCUUAAACAUGUCACCCUGCCAAGAAUUGGGGCAACACAAGUAAUUCUGAAAACGCUUGUAGCGCCACAAGAAAAUGGAACUCCAUCAGGUGGAGAUGCUGUGAGAAAAGAGAGCAAAUCCAAAGGCCUCCAGUGGGUGAUAGAUACAACCAUUGCAUAUCCCAAAGCUGAACCUAUAGACAUCCAAACCUGGAUUCUUGGCUACCGACAACCAACAGUGACACAUGUACAUUACAGGAUUUUUCCAGUGAAGGAUGUACCUGCAGAGCCUGAAGCUCUCACAAACUGGCUCUAUCAACGGUUCAUUGAAAAGGAGGACCUCUUGACACAUUUCUAUGAAACAGGAGCUUUUCCACCACCCAAGGGUCAGACAAAAGCAAUUUCUCGGGAGAUGACCCUCAGUAACCUGUGGCUGGUUGCCAUACAAUCAUUUGCAUUUUUGUCAGGAGGGAUGUGGUACUGCCUCUUUCAGUAUUUGUACCAUUGCCUAUUUUAAAAGUGGAAUGGGACCUGAGGACACAAUGGGAAUCCAGGCUCUUGCAAAAGAGUAUCAUGUUGUAUGUGCAAAUGUGAAUAUUCAAGAGUAAAGGAAAAUACUGGAUGGACUUUUACCUCUCAUUGGGGGAAUUUUAAACUCCACUAAAAGUGAAGAUCAGUAACAUAGUGACCUGAUGAUGUAUUAUUUUAAGAAUUGUCUGUAUUUUUAAAAAUGUAUACUCUCACCCACACUUAAGCAAAUUCAGCAUUUGGACAAAAGGUGCAAUCGUACAACCACCGUAGAAGAAUGUCUGUGACAAGAAAGCUUUGUCACCACAAGUAUUUCUUGGCAUUGUAGUUAGAGCUCAGAAAAUUCAGCAACUUGUGUCUUCAGUAGUGUGUACAGCAUUGGUGUGGUAGAGAUUCCUCAUUUGCACAACGUGUACUUUAUUGCAGCUCAUUGUGCUGGAGUCAGAGAUCCUCGACAGAGCUGGUGGAGGUGUCUCUGUGGCUACACAGUCAGCAGUUGUUGUACCAGACACAUUGAUCUAAACCCAACACCCAAAUAAGAUCCAGUGUCAGGUCUGUCCUGUGAGGAACUGGUCCUCAGACAAGCAUUGCAGCAUCACAGUGUGAUUCAAAGCUGUCCACAUGGGAUGAAUCAGACCAUCCCUGCUGUGGUCUGGCCAUCAGCUCUCCGAGUUCCAUGUGCUACCAGUGUCUCGUGUUAUAGGAAAACUUGGAAAAUACGAAGUCACUCAGUUAAAUUCCCUUUUAGUUCAGAAUGCAGCUCAACCCUCAUCAUCAGUUUUGAAAAUGCACUUUCAAAGAUGAAAAGUCAGUGAAGGAAAGACAUAAAACUUAGAGAACAGAGGGAAGCUUUGUUUGUUAUGCCUUGAAAGGCAGAGCAAUUCUAGCUGUUUCUGAAGGUCUGCUGGUGCUGCUGAUGAUUUUUAGCCACCUUUGUAUUUUGUAUACUGCAGUCCAACCAAGGUGACCUUGGAGUGGUUUAUAGAGGCCUUUUUCUCCCCGCUAGUUGCAAGAGUGCUAAAUAUACUUGUGGGAGAGUUUAAUUCAAUGCCAACCAUCUUAACGUUUUGAUAAGGAGUAAUAGAAGAAACUAGUUUCAUAAAAAGAAAAAAUAGGUCUAAUUGCUAUCAUAAGUCUGUAGGAAGAUACUACUGAAAAAAUAAGUAUGGUAAAUAUUCUGAAUAACUACAUGGAGGACAGUAUUAAUUAGCUCACCACUAAAAUCUUACUGGAAGAAGGGUGGGUUGAACUGAAGGGCAGAUGAGAACAGAAGACACUUUCAGAUGUGUAGGGCAGGAUUCUUUUGAAAGGAUGUUGAUGUACAGCUGUACUUCUGGCAGGUCUGGCUGGCAUUGUGUUUAUGUGAUUAUGCACAGAUUUGUGAGAACUGUUCCUAAAAUAAAACUAAUCUCUCUAAAUACAGGCAGGGUAGCCAGAACUUCAGAUGUUGGCAUACUGCCUUUUACAGAGUAAUUUUGUUGAGAACAAAGUAAGCCCUCAGUAGUUUUGGCUCUGAGCUAGCAAUAUUGAUUCCCCUUCUGUCUCCCUCUGCUGCUACAUGAAUCACAGGAGGUGGUGUGCAGAAUACAAAACCUUGCCAGUGUUCCCUUUUGGGGGGGGGAACAAAGAGCGUACCAAAACACAAAGCAGUGCCAGUUUCUCUGACUUUGUGGAAAAAUACCUUGUCAAAUAUGCCAUCCCUGCACCGCCCCAUGCAGCAGUGGUUGCUCAGUGGGGAUGGAUGCAAAAUGAUACACCAUGGUAAGGUCCCCUGAAGUGUGUGUUCCCUCCCUGACUCCACAGGGGGCUGGAGGCAAAGUACAGUGGUAGCCAAUAGCUUCAUGUCUGAGGCAAGAUACUGUUUAUAAAUACCAUCUCUGCACCUGAAUUCUGGUGUAACCAUUAAAAAGAGGCAGGUAUGCCAUGAUAGAGAGGGACCCCGUGGAGUUAUUUUUUAUUUCAUGUUGCUCUUGCUAAAGUUCAGCUGAUGGAAUGAAUGUAUUUAAUCUGCCGUUUGACAGGGAGGUGUUGGGGCAGCCUAGCACUGUUCUAAGUGGUUGUUUCUGCUGAAUGUGGGAAUGACUCUUAUAGCUGCAAAAGGCAAGUGGCAAGCUACUCAGUGCUGUCCUCCCCCAUGUAGUUUGAUCAGAACCAUAGAGAUGCCCAGAGUACAGCUCAUUUUAUUUUGAGCUAGGACAAACUGGACUUAUGAAAAAAGGGAAAUUUAUAUAAGCAGAUUGCACAGCAGUUACUCACAUCAGGAGAUUGUUCCUUAUAGACCCUGUGAACUCCAUGUAAGAGCAUCUUGUUUUGUUAAAUGCGGUAUUUUUAUUUUCUUUUCCCAGUGGGUUGCAGUCAAUAGCAAGCGUUCACGUGCUGCCUCAAGAAAUUAGCACUGCGCAAUAAUGUUGCAGACAAGCGUUUGAUUGAUCUGGUCCUGUUCAUUUUCACUUUGUUCUUCUGUAGUUCUUUCUCUUGCAAGAUGUUUGUUUCCAAGCACUGGUUGUGGUUUCAGUAGGGUGAGGAAAUAGUGUCAGGUCCCAGGCUUCUCUCCUGCCUGCACUGGGACAUGCGAGGGGCGCCUGACACCGUGGCUCCGUACGGCCGAGUUGCUGUGGGUGACACCAGAAUAGAAACCAUGGGAAAGCAACUCCAAAGGACCCUCCCAGCAUGAUCCUGGAUGCUGUUUCAUGAAAUAGCAAAGGGAAAAAUGUAAAAUGGAUACAACAUGUAGGAAAUUCAGUGUUAAAAAUACCAUGCUGGUCCAGACUGUCUGGAGCUUAGCAGGUGAGUCUGUAAAACAUGAAUUCCUGUUGGCUGCAGUUCGGUUCUACCUUCUGGCAGUUCUGGAUGUAGUGGGCAUUUUGCUGCACCAUCCAUGGGUUGCCUCCUCUGGAGACUUCAAAAUGUGUUUUGAUAGAAAGUGAUGUUAAUGAACCAUACAGUUGAUCACAAAUUAGUAUCACAUUGAAUUUAUAUUUGGGGAAAAACAGUGGAAAAAUGUGUAAAAUUAUCAAAAAGAAAAACUCACCAAAAAGUUCUGAAAGCUGUUGCACACAGAAGGGAGAACAGAGCAAUUUGAGUGCAUUGUGAAUAAUAAGAACAAAGAUGGUUCUCUGCCAGGGUUGCCCACAAAACAUCUCUAGGUUUCUAUGUUUAAUUGUUCACAAAGAAGUUGUUACAGUUGAAGUUUUGUCAGUCCUCACGGUUUAGCUUUGCUGCUCUGUGAAUCCCACGAUGUGAAGAGCACCUGCCCAUCCACGCCAAGCAGUUUCUUCAGUGUCCUGGGGUGAGCGUGCCAUCACUUCAGUCUCACUUGGGUUCCAUGUGUGGUUCUGUUGUCUUGCAACUGUGGUGUCUCUUUUUCUCAUUCUUUUCUUUCUCCUCUUUUUUUAAAGUUGCUGUCACCAGAUGUUGAAAAGUGAAAUUUCAGUUUACCUUGCUUUCCUGGAAAAUUAAAAGCUUCCUUCUCCCUUCUCCCCCAGCAUCACAAAUAAGGUGCAUCUUCUUGCAGUAAAAAUAAAGCGAUCACUGUGGUACUGUUCCUCGUUCACUUGGUUUGCAGAUGAUGCAGAUGAUUUUCUUUGUGUGACACUGCCAUAAAGUGCUGUUAACUUUUCUCACCUGUUUGUACAAGAUAAUAACAGAUACCGAUCACUGUGUGUGACAGGAUUCAACUGCUCCGCUUUGCCUUGACAUAAAUUUUGGGACCAAAGGUACCUAAAACUGGGAUUUCCAAAUCACGAGCCCAGGGUUGGAUGCAUUCUCUUGACAGUCAGCUGGAGAUUUUGUGGUGAUCUGAUACAAUCACACAAAAUAAUUAUACAUCUGGGGUUCUGUAUUUUUUGGAAAUAAUGGAGCCAUAUGAAAUAAAGGGUUAUUUUGCAAAAUUGCA